AGAAGGGGAACAGCUACUCUUGUCUUUCUUUACAGUAACAAUAGAAAUGCAAACGCUACUUUCGCCGGCAACACGCGCCGGCAGCUACACGGUGGCGACUCCGGCGGUUCCGUUGUCAGCUUCCGUCAUCGUCGCCUCUCGUCAACCUCGACCACUUCUCCGGCCGAAUUCCUUGCCCUCACUCCCACUCAAAUUGACUCGUUCUUCUUUCCCUUUCGGUUCCUACAUUGCUCAUCGACCUUGGAAGCUUCCCUUAACCGUAAGUGCUUCUUCUCAAGUGUCUCCGGCUUUCACUCCCUCCAACGACGAAUCAGAAAAAGCAAAACUCGAUCAGGUGGCGAAGAGAUUGGAGAAGACUGCGAGGUAUUUCAAGCGUUUGGGUAGCUUAGGGUUUUGGGGUCAGCUAGUGUGCACGGUGGUGGCAGCCGUCAUACUGUCGUUUUCGGUUGUUAUCACCGGAAAAGUCACAUCGCCGGCUACGUUUUAUGCUACUGCAGGUGGAAUAGCCGCUGCUUUCAUUUCUGUGUUUUGGUCCUUUGGUUAUAUUCGCCUCUCUGAUAAGCUUCGAAGAACUGCAAACGACCCUACCAAGGCACCCCCUCGUGCUGAUGUAGUGAAAAGCUUGAAAAAUGGUAUAGUAGUGAACCUUUUGGGGAUGGGUGCUGCGAUUCUUGGGAUGCAAGCCACGGUUGGAUUGUUAGUUGCAAAGGCUCUCACUACCUCGGCCAACCCUUAUUAUCAGGGGAUUUCUCCUGGUUACAGCCCUGUUCUCGCAUUGGAUGUAUUCUUGGUGCAGGCUUCAGCUAACACAAUUCUCUCUCAUUUCCUCGGGCUUGUUUUCUCACUGGAGUUGUUGCGAUCGGUUACAUUACCUUCAGAAGCUAUUCCAUUUCCCAAGUUUGCAUAAGUUGUGCUCAAGACUAGUAUGAUGAAAUCACACAGAAAAAAUGUACCCUCGUUUCUAGUGGUUGUUAUCUUUUUCUUAUUUUUUUGGUAAAUAGUGGUUGUUUUCUUAAUGAAUUGUGUUCAGCCUUGAUACAUCAUUUUAAUGACAUCAUGUAUUUCCAAGUUUAAAAGAACCUGUGCAAUAUCGCUAAUAAGCAUGAUAACACCUCAACAAUUCAAGAUCCAUGGGCAGAUUGCAAUGGCAGGAGUAUAUGGCACUGUCUACACUCGACAGCUUGAACGUGUUCGGGUUCCAACGUUAGUCACUUGUAACUUUCAUCGCUUGUUUACAGUUAGUGUCAAUAGGAGAAAUUUCAAAAUGCAACUUUGUAAUGAUUGUAUAUUAGACCUGUCAUGCAAUCUAAGGCUGUGUUUCUUUUUCAAAAUACUGGCUAGCUUGUCUGUCUGUUUGACAGUACGAUGUGGAAUUUUUAUCUAAGAAAC